AUGGCGGACGGGGAGCGGAAGAGACACCUGUGCGCGCUGGUGCUGGCCCGGGGGGGCAGUAAGGGGAUCCCCCUGAAGAACAUCAAGGAUUUGGCGGGGAGACCCCUGAUUGGCUGGGUGCUGCGCGCCGCACGGGAUUGUGGGGGAUUCGAUAGCGUGUGGGUCUCUACUGAUAGCGAUGAUAUUGAGAAAGUGGCCCGGGAGUACGGAGCGCAGGUCCAUCGCAGGAGCCCGGAAGUCUCCAAAGAUACCACUUCCUCCCUGGAUACUGUCAUGGAGUUCAUGGAGCACCACCCAGAGGUGGAUAUCGUAGCGAAUAUCCAGGCCACCUCCCCCUGCCUGCACCCCGAGACUCUGAAGAAGGUGAUAGAGAUGAUGUGCCGGGACGGCUACGACUCCGUGUUCUCUGUGGUCCGACACCAUCUCUUCCGCUGGACCGACGUGAGCAAAGCAGGGGGGCUCACCAAACCGCUGAACUUUAACCCCGACCGGCGGCCCCGGCGACAGGACUGGGACGGGGAACUCUAUGAAAAUGGCUCCUUCUACUUUGCCACAAAGGAACUUCUUUCCCAGGGCAAACUGCAGGGGGGUAAAAUUGCUUAUUAUGAAAUGAAGCCGGAACACAGCGUUGAUAUUGACGUCGACAUCGACUGGCCAAUCGCAGAGCAGAGAGUUAAAAGGUACGGGUAUUAUGGGAAGGGGAACCCCAAGGUGGUGAAGCUGCUGGUUUGCAACCUCGAUGGCUGCCUGACCGACGGGCGCGUCUACGUCAGUCUGAACCACGACCUGCUGUCCUACAGCCUCAGGGAUAUGGACGGGAUCCGAAUGCUGCAGAGGAAAAAUGUGGAGGUGCGUCUCAUCUCAGAGAGAACUCUCAGCUCGGCGCUGUUGGACUCUCUCAAACUGCCCUGCAGGGUGGAGCCCGACGUGAGCAACAAGCGGGAAACAGUGGAGCAAUGGAUGGCGGAGCUGGGACUCUCCUCCUGGGAGCAGGUCGCCUAUAUGGGGUGCAGCUAUUCGGACCUGGAGUGCCUGAAGUUGGCGGGUACCAGUGGGGUCCCCUCCGACGCCUGCGUGGAAGCCAAAAUGACAGACUGUAUGGUGUGUAAAUACCCGGGGGGCUGCGGCGCCAUCCAGGAAUUUGCCGAGUACAUCGAGCACUCCAAGGAGUCGAAGAAGCGCAAGUUUUGCAACAACCAGGAAUCGUGA